CCUGUUUGUCGCUCUACUAAAGAUGGCGCCAGUGCAAAUCUGAGGCGAUUGCGCUUUGUAGCGCGUAGGAAAAUUGACAUGUAAUACGUGUUUGGUGUUGUUCCAAAGUUAUUUAAAUCCACUGAAAUAUUGUUGUACCUUACAAUAUUAAGAAGAUAAAGUAAUUAAGUUACAAAACAGGGGUGGAGGUGGGGAGGUGCUUCUGGACUCCUGGUUCAUCAUGUCUGCACCUUCAGAACAAGUGAUUAAACGACAUUCGAACAGCACCUCGGAUGCAUCCUCCACUCCUCUCCCAGAAUCCUCUCUGACCUGGUGUUUGGCUCAGCUGUCCAAAACACGCACACUGGCAGACAGUCACAGCAGUGGACUGUCAGGAGCAGACAAUAAGCCCAUCAUUGGAGGUGACAAAGCCCGGGAUGCAGACAAGAGACUCAAAGCUGGUCAGUGGAGGGCACUGGUGGCCAUUCGGAUGCAGCACAUCAAAGGAGGUGGUGGCAGGAUAGCCCGCUACCAGUCACGAGGAGGACUCCCUCCUUUGCUGGAUCUCCUCAAGCGACCAGAAAGCUCCCGAAAGUUUCUGGACCUGGCACUUAGCAUCCUGGCCAACUGCUGCACUGAAAAACAGACAAGAGUAGAAGUAAGAAAGCUUGAUGGCAUAUCUGUUGUUGUGGAUGUCCUCAAGAGAAAUGUUUCUGUAGAGACGGUACAAAAUCGAGCAGCACGCGCUCUGGGAAAUCUCGCGAUGGACCCAGAGGGUUCUGCUGAGGUCCACUCUGCGGGUGGUGUUCCACUACUUCUGCUCUGCCUGUCUGUCUCUCCACCUCCAUCCUCUCCCUCUUCACUGACUCCAGUCCCUGAGCUCUGUGCUCCUAAAGUUGAAUGUGUCCAAUCUGCUGCCCGUGCACUCGUCUACCUUUCUGACACGCCUGCCAACCGGCUUCUGCUGCUUUCACAAGGCGCUGUCCCAUCUCUCGCUUUGUUCAUUGCUCCAGAGUACCCUUCAGGUCUGAGACGGGCGUCUCUUCGUGCCAUUCAUGAGCUCACUAGAGGCUGCAGUGCAGAGUGCGCCAGAGAGAUGUCCAGAUCCGGGGCAUUGACUCAUCUGGGGGUCCUUGCCUCGGGAGAAGAUGGUCGGCCUUUGGAAGAACUUGCUUUGAAGACUCUGGCUAACUUGUGCUCUCAAGGCUGCCUGAGGCCGCUGGUCGGUUCAUUAGGAGUCAUUCAGAAAUUUGCAGAAGAAGUGAAGAAAGACCCUCUGAAGUCAGGUGUGUUUUUCAAGGCCUUGUGUCUGUGCUGCAGAGAGGCUGUGAACAGGGCUAAAGUAAAGGAGAGCGGGGGACUGGAGGUGCUGAUCAGCUUCUUAUCCGCCCAUCAAAACCAUCCGCUCACACGCUUCGCCUUUCUAGCUUGUGUGGACUUUGUCUACGAUGAAUCUGCUCUUGAACAGCUGCAGGAGCUCGGGUUGGUUCCGCUGCUGAUCAAGCGUUUGGUUGAGCUUGCUCAUGGAGAAGAACCGACUGCAGGAAAGAUGGACGCCAGCCUGUCCUCUAGUUCUCCAUGCUCUGAACUGAUGACCUCAUGUUUUGACUCGUUUGACUUCUCAGCCCUUGAAGGGAACAAGAGGGAGGAUGUGAGCAAAGACCAGACGUCGGGAUCUUCCAGCUUCCUCAGCCUUAGGUCUUGGCUGGUUUCAGAAGGUCUGAUCUCAUCUGAGGGUGAGCUGACUGAAUCCCCAUGUGGCAGUGAAGUCUUUGGUGGCAGCCCUCAAUCCUCCGUCUCAUCGUCACCACUUACACCUUGCUCUGAGGUCUCACAAAACUCAACCUUGCGCCCACCCCCCUUUUCUCCCUCCACCCGCUCCAAACCCGUCAGGCUCUCCUGUUCCUCUUUCUCCUCCGCUUCAUUAUCUCCUCGAAACAUACCAGGGUCGCCUUCCUCUUCACAGUCCUCCUGUACCUCCACCCCUCAAUCUGAGCAGCCACCUUCACUGACAAAACCUUCUUCAUCUCCCCUCCAAAUCUCCUCUCCUCCCAGAAAGAGGCUCCGUGCCUCUUCAUCCUCCUCUACAGCCUCCUCUCGCUGCAGUGUGGUCACCCUGGACAGCCCACCUGUGAUAUCAAAAACACCAGUCUACCAUCAUCCUUAUCACCCUGAGGCCUGGGCGCCAGAAUCCCCUAUUCUUCUGCUCUUGUCGCGCUACUCCCACGCCUCAGACCCCAGCACGGCCCUCGUCAACACGAACGUUUUCUCUGGGCUAUUGUACUACCUCACCCAACACCAUGACCCCAGUGGGCGAUGCUUUCGGAUGCUUGGGCGCCUCAGCUGCAACCCAAACUGCUUCCAGUCUUUGGUCAGAACUGGAGCUGUUGCACUGAUCAGACAGAGACUGUGUGUGCAAGAAGAGGCGAUCGGAGGAAUGGACAGACAGUCAGAAAAAGUCAAAGGCAAAAUCACACAACUAGGUUUGGGUCUGCUCAGCAAUCUGAGGGUUCAGAGCGAGUCUGGAUUUGGCUCUGGAGUUCUUACACACAUCAUGCUGUCAGGCUCCGAAUCUGACAAGCUGUACUGUGUCCUUUCUCUGCCUCUGAUUAACAGCAACAGAGUUCUUUUGAAAAAGCUGCUUUUGGAUAGUGGAGGACUGGCAGCAGCUCUCGAACUGAUUGGCUGUCACAGAGAAGAAGAUCAGGAUGAUGAAGAUGGACAAUCUGACAAAUGUAGACCAUUUCUUGCCGGCUGGUUGCAUCCUCUUGAGCAAGCAUCCUCUUUAAGAUUUAAAUCACUGUACAUCUCUCUUCUUAUUGGCUGCCUCUCUAGUCUGCUGUCAGUUACCAAGGAGGACAGAAAGAAUUGUAGCAUAGAUUGCCAGACCACAACGGAGACGACCCAAGUUCUGGAUAACACAUCCCAACCGCAACAAAACCAGUCAUGUCCCUACUCGAAGGCAACUCAUGACCUAUCUUUCCUCCUUGACGAUGGAACCCUUCUACUAGCCAAUCAGGAGGCUGUCAUUGGCGAAGAAGGAACUAAAGACGUUGGGUCUGAGUAUUUCAGAGCCCUCUUGAUGGGAGGAUUUGGGGAGGCCCAGAAAGCUAAAGGCGAGGCCAUCCGGAUCAAGGACGUAAACACUGGGAUGCUCUUACCAGUUCUCCACUACUUACAUGGCUGUCGUUUGAUGGAAAACAAAGAUGCAAAUUGUCUUGUUUUGUCCUCUCUAUCCACCGGUGGGCUGCUAAGUCCACAGGACGAGGUUGAAUCAUGCUUGGCGGAAGAGAAGGAAUUUCAGAAAACUCCACUAGCUGAAGUAAUGAUUGGGGCUUGUAGGUUUUUAGUUCCUGGAUUACAACGGGCAGCUGAAGACCUAAGCAUGGACCUUCUCUACUCAGUCAUAAGGAGCCUGACCAAACAUUGCUGUUUGAAAGAUAACACUACAACGACAAAAAUGGAUGCCAGUUUGGUCUGCAAAGGUCCUGAAGGAUCUCCACAGCUGACUAAAACUGAGAUGUCAAAGUGUUCCAAACAACAUUCUAAAUCUUCUCAGAGUUCCAAACAGGUUCCGUCAUCUUCUGACAGUGACACUGAGGGAACUCGACUGAGGUCUCUGCUCCCACAAGUGUACUGGUUCUCACAACGCUACUCUUACCUGCGACUGGGCCAGGCCUGUCUAUCCAUAUUGCUGCGGCCUCAGGGGCUCCAUCCUGCUCCACUUCACCCCUCCCUCUCCACUGACUGCUUCCUGCGUCUGGCGCAAGAGGCGGACUGCGCCAAAGGGCUGAGGCAGGACAUCUUAAACCUCGUCAAAACAGCCCUCAGCUAAUAGUGAAAUGAAUGUAAUGAAUUGUUUGUGAAAACAAAUUUAAUAGCUGAUUUGAUGCACGCACAGUGCACAGAAAGGGAAUGGGAAUCACUGGAUUUUUGGAACAAGAUGUAAUGGGAAAAAUCAUUCUCAUUAAACUAUAGUAAACUUUAGCUAUCAGAAAUAUUUUGAGAAAUACUUAGAACAUUCUACUUCCUUCUAUUUUCAUGUGCACGUUUUCUUUUUCUUUUUCCCAAGACGUGUUUGUAUAUAGAGUAGAAUGACCAACUGUAUGUACUUUAUUUUGAAGUUUUUGUAUUUUGUUUAACUUCCUUUGUUCAUCUUAUUUUGCCAAAAAGGGUUUAAUGCUGAUUCCACGUUAAUCACAGUGCAAUUUCAGAUGUAGUUCAUGAUGUUGUACAGUAUGUUAUGUGAAUAAUGUAAUAUGUCAAUGAGAAAGAGUUAUGUUAGCUAUAUUUUUCUUUUUGUAUAUGGCGCUGUAUUCGUUUAUAGAGAUCUGGAUUAUCUAAUAUGUUGCAGUGCCACUUUUUUUUUUGUAUAGAUAUGAAAAAUUUAAUCAUGGAAAUGGCCAAAUAUUGGUGGAAGGCAGAGGAUGGUUCUCAAUAAAUGAGCUCUGCAUUGA